AUGUAUUGCCAGAAGUGUCGACAGCCUGUUCGCUUCGAUAGCUCGCUCGAGAAUAUCAAUCCGGCGUCCUUUGACCUGCUCGUUGCAUCCACGGGCAAGUCUCAACUGAACAAUGUGACCUCCACCGUCUCUCGCAUGAACUAUCCACAAGAAAGAAAGGAACUAUAUGACCGUGUCUCCCUCCAAACGAACUCUCCGGUUUACAAGAGAUCUAUUGCCGCGCCAAAAGAUGAGGCGAUUCCAGCUCGUCGGCCGGACCAACCAAACGGCAAUCCUGACAUGUCAUUUAUUGAAAUCACACAGUCACAAGUUGCUCUGACCGGCAAGGAACAUCAGAAUCGAAAAGUACAAAGCGCUAGUCCGGGAAUCAAUGGUUCCGACCCUGUUCCUAUGACGGAUCCUAAGUUGUCUGAUACGAAGAGUCAGGUUGAAGACCUGUUUGCCAUCCUCUCAUCCCACUCGGACAUCGAUCAUCCCAUGUGUCAGGAAUGCACUUCCAUGAUUCUGUCUCAAUAUGCGACACGCCUGGGCAGUGCCAACAGGGAAAGAGACGCCUACGCCGGCUUCCUCAAAUCAGUCCAAAACCUCACCUCCGAGACUCGGCGGCCCUCAGAUGCAAACCGGGCCAGAGGGACUAUUUACGAGCAACUAGAAUCUACCGAAGCCGAAAUGAGAAAAGUGGAUGUGGAGAUUGCGGCUCUGGAGGAGCAGUUGCGGCACGAGGAACUAGAGCAACAAGCGUACUGGAAUUCGCGAAACUCCAUCGAUGACAAUCUAUACCAUACGAUCACACAUUUAUCAUUUCUUAGAGAGAAACAAACCCAUGACUUCCGCCAGCUUGAGCGGCUGCAGCGCACGAAUGUUUACAACGACACUUUUUGCAUCGGCCAUGAUGGCUACUUUGGCACGAUAAACGGGCUCCGUCUCGGCCGUUUGCCCAAUCAAAAUGUUGACUGGUCUGAGAUCAAUGCUGCAUGGGGCCAAACCUUGCUGCUGCUAGCCACUGUUGCAGAAAGACUGAAGUUCACAUUUCAGGGUUAUCGUCUGCGACCUCAAGGGAGCACGUCUCGCAUAGAAAAGCUUGAGUACCCCCAACAACCUCCCGACAUCCAGAGACAGCAAUCAGUGGGCCGCGAUGGAGGGUUGCGUUCAGCUGCCGCGAAUCCUGAACCCAAGGUCACCCCGCUCAACCUAUUCAGCAGCGGCGACAUGGCAAUCGGACGCAUUCUGAACCAUUGGAAGUUUGACGCUGGCAUGGUGGCCUUUCUCGACUGCUUGGGGCAACUGGGAAAAUACGUCGAGAAGACUUCCAGCGUCGACAUAAACCCCAAACCAUCCGUACGGAACGCGACAAUAAGGAACACACCAUCCAAAAGAGUAUUACCCUACGGGAUACAGGGUGAUAAAAUAGGGGAUGUUUCGAUCAAGCUAGGGGUUGGUUUUCAUCAAGAUGAGAACUUCACCAAAGCUUGUAAAUAUGCCUUGACUUGUUGCAAGUUCCUCCUGGCUCAUGUCAGCAACCUCGAAAGUCAGAAGGAAGCGUGA